AUGGUUUACAUUAAGCAGAUCAACAUCCAGGGCUUUAAAAGCUACAAGGAUCAAACACUUAUCGACGAAUUCUCCCCAGCAACGAACGUAAUCGUUGGCCGGAAUGGUUCUGGAAAGAGUAACUUUUUUGCGGCCAUUCGAUUUGUACUCAGCGAUGCAUAUACUCAAAUGGGUCGCGAAGAGCGACAGGCUUUACUCCAUGAAGGCUCCGGAUCUGCCGUCAUGUCUGCAUAUGUUGAGAUUAUCUUCGAUAAUUCCGAUGGACGAUUUCCUACCGGCAAGAACGAGCUUUACCUUCGCCGAACAAUAGGAUUGAAGAAGGAUGAAUACUCUUUGGACAAGAAAAAUGCCACGAAAACGGACGUUCUGAAUCUUCUAGAGACCGCAGGAUUUUCUCGGUCAAAUCCAUAUUACAUUGUACCCCAAGGACGUGUCACGGCUCUUACAAAUAUGAAAGAUGGCGAGAGAUUGAACUUGUUGAAAGAAGUGGCCGGAACGCAAGUCUACGAGCAACGUCGUACCGAGUCCUUGAAGAUCAUGACAGAUACCAACAAUAAACGAGCGAAGAUUGAUGAGUUGUUGGACUACAUUAAGGAACGUCUAGCAGAAUUGGAAGAGGAGAAGGAAGAAUUGAGGGGAUACCAAGAGAAAGACAAGGAUCGCCGAUGCCUACAAUAUGCCUUCUUUCAUCAGGAACAAGUCGCAAUUGCCGAAAAGUUGGAGGAAAUUGAUGAGUUCCGACAAGGUGGUGGCGAUGGUGACGAAAAUCGGGACGUUUUCUUGGAAGGAGAGAAAGCUAUUGCCCAACUCGAUGCACAAAUAAAACAAUUGACUCGACAAAUGGAGCUUUUGAGGGUCGACAGACGACAAUUGGAGGAGGAUAGACGAGACACCGCGAAAGCUCGGGCCAAAAUCGAAUUAAAUGUCAAAACUUUAACAGCUAACCAAUCGUCUACGGAACAAGCACGUGUAAGGCAUCAGCAGGAACUGCGUUCUGUUAAGGAAGAAAUAGCCUCAAAAGAGGCCGAACUUGCACAAUUGCUUCCAGAAUUUACGAGCCGAAAAGCUAGUGAGACCGAAGUUAAGCGAAACCUCGAUGAUGCGGAAGGUGGGAGAAGCAGACUCUACGCCAAACAAGCUCGCAGUAAUCAAUACAAAACCAAGAAUGAACGUGAUCAAUUCUUGACGAGGGAAAUCGAGGAACUGAACUCUAUGAUCGGAUCUCAAAAGGCUAAUCGGAUCGACGGCGAUGAAGAGGUGAAGAACGUGCAAUCGGAAAUCCGAAAUCUGGAAACAGAAAUAUCUGGCCUCCAACAGCGAUUAGACGGAUGGAGUGGCAAUAGGUUGGCAUUGGCUGAAGAAGUUUCCACCGCCAAAGAUGCCCUGGAAAAGUUGCAGGAUGAGAGAAAACUGCUACGGAGAGAGGAUGAAAAGCUCCACUCAGUUAUCGAAGAUACUCGUAAAGAAGUCAGUAUAGCCGAGUCGGAGUUGUCUAGGACUAUGGAUAGUGCCACGUCUCGCGGUUUAGCUACUGUUAGGCGUCUCAAGCAGCAACAUAAUAUUCAAGGCGCAUAUGGCACCCUCGCAGAACUUCUCGAAGUCGAAGAAUUGUAUCGAGUAGCAGUGGAACAGACUGCUGGCAGUAGUCUCUUCAACUACAUUGUAGACAACGAAGAAACCGCAACCCAACUUAUUAAUGCCUUGAAUGCGGACAAGGGCGGAAGAAUUACAUUUGUUCCUUUGAGCCAACUCAGAUCUAAGCCAGCCAACUUACCAAAUGCAUCCGAUGCCAUACCGAUGUUAAGCAAGAUACGGUACGACAAAAAGUACAAGCCGGCUUUCGAUCAAGUCUUUGGGAAGACCAUCGUUUGCCCUAACCUCACAAUCGCUGCUCAGUAUGCAAGAAGUCAUGGAUGUAAUGCCAUCACACCGGAUGGUGAUACCACAAAUAAAAAGGGUGCUUUAACUGGUGGUUAUCUGAAUCCAAAGGAAUCGCGACUUCAAGCUGUACGUGCGCUGAAUAAAUGGCGGGAUGAGUACGAAACUUUGAAGGCGCGUCAGGACGAGAUUAGAAAGGAGUUGGAGCAAAAGGAUCAAGAAAUUACAGCCGCUCUGACCGAGCAACAAAAGCUUGAUCAGAAGUUGCGCAAACUCACCGAUAGUUUGGACCCUCUCAAGUCCGAUUUGAGAUCAAAACAAUGGCACCUUGAAAAACAAAAGACACAACAUGAAAAACUUAUCCGGAAUCAGGCAGAGGUUAUCAAGUUGCUGCAGGAUCAUGAUAACAAAAUUUCCGAGUACGAAGCAGAAAUUGCGUCCGAAUUCAAAAAGGCAUUGACGGCCAAUGAGGAACGACAACUAGAGCAGCUCAAUGCUUCCGUCCAAGAUUUACAAAAGCAAUGGAAUGAACAUAGCAGGAACCGAAGAGAGCUCGAGAGCCGCAAACAGUUGAUCGAGGUUGAUCUCCGUGAGAACCUUAGACUCAAGCUCGAUCAAUUGAAUGGUCAAGAAAUUGAUCUCGCUACUGGUAGUGGUUCUGGUAAUUUGAAAGAAUCUCAACGAGAAUUGAAGCGUAUCACCAAAGCGUCUAAUGUUGUGGAGACGAAGCUCCAAGAAAAUGAACAACAACUGGAAGAGGCUGAAUCCAACAUCGCCAAUCUGGAACAGGAGAAAAGUCAAAAAGAGGACGAACAACAGAAGGUUGCUGUAUUGAUUGAGAAGCACCAGAAGAAGAUGGAGAAGAGCAUUGCUCGAAAGGCCAUCCUUACUACCAGUGCUGCGGAUUGUGCCAAGAACAUUCGCGACUUGGGUGUCUUGCCUGAUGAAGCAUUUGAAAAGUAUAAGGAUUACGACCCAAAAUCUAUUCAAUCUCGCCUGAAGAAGGUUCAGGAAGCCCUCAAGAAGUACAAGCACGUGAACAAGAAAGCUUUCGAGCAAUACAAUCAAUUCACAGCUCAGCGAGAUAGCUUGACUAAGCGAAGGAAAGAACUCGAUGAUUCUCAGUCAUCAAUUCAAGAACUGGUUGAGGUCCUCGAUCAGCGUAAGGAUGAAGCAAUUGAGCGAACAUUCAAGCAAGUUUCCAAAGAAUUUGCGCAGAUCUUUGAGCGUCUUGUUCCUGCUGGUCGUGGUCGCCUCGUUAUUCAACGUAAAACGGAUCGACGUGCUAGAGACGAAGAAGAAUCGGACGAAGAAGCACGUGAUAGUGUUGAGAAUUACGUUGGCGUGGGAAUCAGUGUCAGCUUUAAUAGUAAACACGAUGAUCAGCAACGUAUUCAGCAAUUAUCUGGUGGCCAAAAGAGUUUGUGUGCCCUCGCCCUUGUUUUCGCCAUCCAGCAAUGUGACCCCGCUCCUUUCUACCUCUUUGACGAAAUUGACGCCAAUCUCGACGCCCAAUACCGUACCGCUGUAGCUCAAAUGCUCAAGGAAAUCUCAACUAGACAAUCGCAAGUUUCUCAAUCACAGGACAACUCGGAUGAGGAGUCUGAUAAUGAUGAAGAUGGCGAGGCUAGGCCCAAGAAACAAAAGGUCAUGGGUGGUCAAUUUAUCUGUACAACUUUCAGACCGGAGAUGGUGUUGGUGGCUAAUAAAUGUUAUGGUGUUACUUUCCAUAAUAAGACGAGUGGUAUUGGUGUUGUUGGGAAGGAGGAUGCGUUGAGCUUCGUUGAUGGGGAAGCUCCAAAAUAG